UUUUUUUUUCUUUUCCUCAGUUUUGUUUGUUCUUGAAGAUUCGUUUUAUAGCUUGUGAAGGGAUCUGCAGAAUCAGUAUAUAUUAGAUCAUGACCGAUGCUAUCCGAAAGAGAUCCUUUGACGAUGCUAACGAUACAGAACUGUAAGUUCGUUUUUUCCUUUGUUUUCAUUUAAAAUGAAAGAAUCUAACAACGACAAAAAAAGAAACGAAGUUAAUACUCUUGAAUCAGCACAAAAUGAACCAACACCGUCUAUUAUUAUGAGUGCUUCAGAGAAAAAAUGGUGUAAACAAACAAUCAGAGCAUUGAGAAGGAACAAGUAUGCUGUUGCCUUCAACCAGCCUGUUGAUCCUGUAUUUUACAAUAUUCCUGAUUACUUCGACAUCAUUAAGAGACCAAUGGAUUUGGGAACAGUCGAAAAAAAGCUAUCAGCAGGCAAAUAUGUCACAAUGGAUCAAUUUAAAGAAGAUAUUGAGCUUGUCUUUGACAAUUGUUAUCUAUACAACAACCCUGGAGAUCCCGUAACGCAAGAUGCCAAGAGACUAGAAGAACAAUACCACAAGCAUGUAAAAAAAGAGCCUACGAGACUCACACCAGCCAUGACAACAAAUGGAAAAGUUGAGCCAACAGUAACUUCAACCUCCACAGUUUCAUCCAAUGCUACAAUAACAAGUAACGACAAUACGGUUAAUCCGCAGAAAACAGAUACUAUAUAUCCAUCACAGCCACAGCAAUCAACACCUCCUGAUACAGUAAUGACAAAUACAACGACAUCUUCACCUGUGCCUACUUCUGCCAAACCACUACAAGUGAAAUUAUCAUUACGAGCAAAUAAUAAAGAGUCCCCAUUAUCCAGCCAAAAGAGUAUUAACGAACAGCAGCAGCGAAAGAUGCCUGAUGAUCAAUAUAAACGGUGUGAAGCUAUAGUAAAAGAAUUGAAAAAGCCUAGGCAUCAGCAUUACAACUGGCCCUUCCGAGAACCUGUCAAUACCGAGAUCACACAGGCUACUGAUUAUUACGAUGUUAUAAAAAAUCCCAUGGACAUGUCAACCUACGAGAAAAAACUUUACGACAAUCAAUAUACACAUCAAGAUGAAUUAAUUGCAGACAUUCGUUUGAUGUUUCAAAACUGUUAUGCUUACAAUCCACCGGGUCAUUUAGUUCACAAACUAGGAAAGGAAUUUGAGGUUAACUUUGAGAAACAGUGGAAGAAGUUACUAGCACGGACAUCAGGGGAUGGUCAAAAAGGGACGUCAAAUUCUUCCUCAGUAUCAACGAAAAAUGUGAAGAAGAGGAAAACAUCAGAUAUAGAUACCGAAUAUAUUCCCUCGGCGGCUGACGAAGGAUCACCGUCAGCACAUCAACUACUACCAACAAAUAAACAUAAACCUCAUACUACAGCCAAAACGAUAGAUGAUAGUCUAUCAGAUGCACUUAAUUCGAAUAAUAAUUCAUCCGCUAUAGCAACGACCGAUAAUGCCACUGUAAUAACGAGCACCUCCAGUGAUACAGCAACAAGUGAAAAUAAGGAAGCGAUAAGUCGUCCUAUAUUACGACUCAAAUUAUCUGUUAAACCCAAGGAUGAUAAAAAAGAAGAGGAUAAACCAAACCCAGCAGCAAAGGCAUCCGGUCUAGCCUUGAGUAAAGAACUUCCAAACCCCAAAUUAGCUAUCAACAAUGUACCACCUGCUGCAAAUGAGAAAAGGGCAGAUGUGAAAAAAGCCUCAAAUUUGAAUGGUAAUAGAAGAACUGCUCUUGCUAUUUCAAAACCACAAUCAUCACAAGUAGCCACCGCAAUCAAGAAAGCAUCUUCACCACCAACUGCGCCCCCACCCAAACCAAAAGAACCUGCAUUACCCGCAUUUGACAUCAAUGCAGUAUAUAAUCAAAUCCAUAACGAAAAAAAAUUGAAGGAGCAACAGAAACGUGAAGAACAAGAAAAAUGGGAACGUAAUGAAAGAAUUAGAUUGGAGAAAGAACGGAUCGCAAGUGAAGAAAGAAUGAAACAGUUGAGGGAAUUCAAUCAACACUUACAAGCCAAACGACAACAAGAUAAGGUUAAGAGAUUAAAUGCAUUGAAUACUCGAACCAUCAAUAUCAGUAAUCAAAAAGUGACACUAACUAAAUUUGAGCAUACGAUCAUGAUGAGAGACAAAGAUUGGCAUGAUAUGUGCGACUGGCAAAAACAGACUAUUGAUUACCGUCAUAUACCUACACCAGGAUUUGUAAAAAGGGCCCCCUUAAAAGUCUCCGAAAUCCGUGCUCGACUUUUGAGUAAACAAGGACGCUUACGGUCUCAAACGAGUAGUCAGGCUGAUAGUUUGAUAGAAGAUGAUGGAGGCUCCGAUAUGGACAUUGACUAGAUUUAAAAGAGAAAGGACUCAUAAGGGUUUAUACAACAAUAAACAUGCUAUGACACCAUUGACAUUU